GUGGGAAUCACGCCGAAGUCGACGACUUGGUCGAGAUGAACAAGCAGUUCCAGCCUGCCCCUUUGGAAGUGAUAAAUAUUUCGCAAACUGCCAGCAAAACUGGUGGAAGGAUGGCGAAAGAUUUCAAAUUCGCUCGCAUUCUCGACGCCACUCGACACGUUCUCGAUUUCUCGCGGAAAGUCCCGCAUCCUGCUCACACAUGGCCCUUCAAACUGGAUCCUUUCCAGGAACAAGCCGUCCUGUGUCUUGAAGCUCAUUCGUCAGUCCUGGUCGCUGCCCACACUUCAGCUGGUAAAACAGUCGUCGCCGAAUACGCCAUUGCCCUAUCACUGCGACAUCUAGCGAGAGUGAUCUACACUAGUCCCGUGAAGGCGCUCAGCAAUCAGAAAUUCAGGGAUUUCAAAGAAACCUUCGGGGACGUUGGAUUACUGACGGGUGACGUUCAGCUGAAUCAAACUGCGUCGUGCCUUGUCAUGACCACGGAGAUUCUUCGGUCUAUGCUUUACAAUGGCUCCGAUGUUGUUCGAGAAUUGGAAUGGGUCGUUUUCGACGAAGUUCACUACAUUAAUGACCAGGAAAGAGGCGUAGUUUGGGAAGAGAUCUUGAUUCUUCUGCCGGAUCACGUUGGACUCGUAUUGCUGUCUGCAACUGUGCCGAAUGCCGUUGAGUUGGCCGACUGGAUCGGGACUAUAAAGAAACGAAAAAUUAACGUUGUUUACACCGACAAGAGGCCGGUGCCAUUGGAGCACUAUUUGUGGACGAACACGAGUACGCAAGUUCAGCCCAGUGGGAAAAAAACUGCCAACUGUGAUCAGUUCCUGAUUGUCGAUGCGAAGUCCACUUUCCUCAACUUCAAUUACGUGAAUGCUCAAAAAGCCAAGAAGAAUGACAAGGAGAAGGAAAAUUCGGACAAGUCUCGGAAUCAGCAACCUGGGCAACAGCGGAACAACCAGAAUCGCCCAGGCGGGAAUAACAACCCCAGCCAUCAGCAUUACCAACGACGAAACCAGCGGCAUCAGGGUGGUCAUCAGGCGAGUUUGCCAAUGAAAGAAGAACGACUGCUGUACACGAAUUUGGUGCGGAACCUGGAAGCCCGAGACAAAUUGCCGGUAAUUGUGUUCACCUUGAGUCGUCAGCGUUGUGAUCAGAAUGCUGCGAAUCUUCCGGAAUCCUUGGACUUGCUCACGGCUGCCGAGUCACGAGAAAGCGUCAGGUCUUGCCUGACGAGACUCACUGGCUCGGACCGGAACCUGCCCCAAAUCAAAUCCAUGGAAGAACUGCUGAAACGCGGGAUCGGCGUCCAUCAUUCGGGGAUUCUGCCGAUCGUCAAAGAAAUCGUCGAGCUCCUGUUCGGUCGCGGGCUCGUGAAAUUGCUCUUCGCCACCGAAACCUUCGCCAUGGGCGUGAACAUGCCCGCGAGAACAGUGGUGUUUGACAGCAUCCGGAAGCACGACGGAACCCAGUUUCGGGACUUGUUGCCGUCGGAAUACACGCAGAUGGCGGGACGAGCCGGGAGACGAGGCCUGGAUGCCACGGGGCACGUGAUCGUGUUGUGCAAAACGGAUGUGUGGGAGUCGGGGGUCUUGCAAAACAUGAUGCUUGGCAGAGCGACGCAGUUGGAGUCCAAAUUCCGUGUUACCUAUGCCAUGAUCUUGAAUUUGAAGCGUGUUCAGUCGGUCCGUGUGGUGGACAUGAUGAAGCGGUCUUUUGGCUCAGCCGGGAUCGUGGGUCGCGAAGUCGAGCAUCGUGAAAAACUCGCCAAGUUGACGAAAUCCUGGGAAGACUACCCUGAACUUCAGUGUCAAGACUGUUCUGGUAAAUUACCCAGGUUAUUCUCCACUCUCGACGACUACUGGAAAACCUGGACCGAGGACCUGGCUCUCACAGUGCUCCGUUGCGCGUUCGGGAGCAAGUUCAUUCACGUCGGUCGCAUCGUUGCCUUGCGACCCCCGAAAACGGAUCCCUGUUGGCGCACGUGUGUCGGUGGUGCGAUCCCCGCUGUGAUCCUCGCUGUGCCCAGCACAGGCAACAAAGUCGACUUGACUGUGUUCUACUGCACUGCUGCUGGGACGAGUGAGGCGGGAACGACGACUAGUGCCGCCGUUGAGUUAUUGGAGGCGAAGCGUUUCUUGUCGCCCAGUGUGGAUUUGUGGUUCCCCGUGUCGCCGUUUCAACCGGACUGGACCAACUUUGUGGUUCGGGAAGUGGCGCCGUAUGAAGUGGUGGGCGUGUCGAAGGUGUUUAUGCGUGUGGACCGACCCGACUUGGUGAUUGGCGAGUGGAAGAAGAAUAAGCUGAAGGUGUCGCCCAUGGCUGACGAUCUCGUCAGGUUUUUGCGAAGUUUGAAUGCUGGGAAUCAUUGGUGCGACCCAGUGCGGGAUUACUAUUCAUCCCUGCUUCUUGACGACUCGUAUGUUAGACUCCAGCACCUGAAGUCGGAACUUGGCCAGAACACAUCCGCCAAUUGCCCCGUGUUUUUCGACCACUUCAUGCACUUUUUCAAAGGGAAGCAGAUUGAAAAGGAGAAGGAGUGUUUGGAGUUGCUGCUUUCGGAAGAGUCGCUGUCUGUUUACCCCGAGUAUCAAGCGAAACUCGAGGUUUUGUGUCGCCUCGGAUACUUGAACCAGCAGGAGGAAGUGAAGCUGAAGGGUCGAGUUGCUUGUGCCAUUUUUCAGCACGAACUCAUGCUGACUGAGAUUCUUUUCGAAAAUUUGCUCGGGGACUUUCAGCCGGCGGAAAUUGCUGCCUUGUUGUCCUGCUUGGUGUUUCAAGGGAAGGAGGACAAGAAUUUGAAGGGCUUGACGCCGAAGCUUCAAGAAGGCGAGUUCAGCUGUGACCUGAUCAAAGACCUGGCAAAGCGAAUCGGCCAAGUGCAAUUGGAAAGCGGCCUGACCCACGAAGGCCCCUCUGUGUAUCCGGAACAGUUCAAGUUCGGUCUCGUGCCGGUCGUGUACCAAUGGGCUCGCGGUGUUCCUUUCGCCGACAUUGCGACGAUGACUAGCAUGCAGGAAGGGAUCGUUGUCCGAAACAUUCAGCGAUUGGACGAGGUCCUGCGAGAUUGUCAGGGUGCUGCGAAAACUCUGGGCGACCCGAAGCUGAUGGAGAAGAUGGUGGAAGCUUCGUUGCUCGUUCGGAGGGACAUUGUGUUUGCUGCGAGUUUGUACACGCAGGACAAAUUGUCUGCGAGUAAUUUUUGUCAUUCCCGUCGUUCCAAGGCAAUGACGUUGUUGUGCUCGAAAUGCUCGACGUCGGCAUUUGCGACGUCCGCGCGGUUUUUCUCCGCCAGUCGCUGCGCAGCGAAAUACGCCUACGAAGAACACUUGAAUGACGCGAAAGUGCGGGAAUUGUAUGAAGGCGUGAUGCGAGGCAGUCGGGGCCAUCUGGCCCAGGCCAUCACGUUGGUGGAAAGCGUGCAUCCGGUGAAGAAAAUCCAAGCUCAGAGUUUGCUCACUUUGGUUCUGCGAUCCUUUAGAGACAAGGAGGAGGUUCAAGGGGUGCCUCAGACUUUCAGAAUCGGAUUGUCGGGUCCCCCUGGAGCCGGAAAAUCCACCUUCAUUGAAUCUUUCGGGAAGAUGCUGACCAAUAGCGGAGAACACGUCGCCGUUUUAGCCGUGGAUCCUUCUUCAACCCGAACCGGAGGUUCUCUUCUCGGCGACAAAACCCGGAUGCCGGAACUGACCCGGGAUCUCCGUGCGUACAUCCGGCCUUCGCCCACCGGUGGGAAGUUGGGUGGGGUUGCGAGAAACACCCAAGACUCGUUGUACCUGUGCGAAGCUGCUGGCUACAAAACAGUGCUAGUGGAAACCGUGGGUGUUGGGCAGUCGGAAUUGGCAGUGGCUGACAUGGUGGACUGUUUUGUGCUUUUGGCGCCUCCGGGGGCCGGGGAUGAGUUGCAAGGCAUGAAGAAGGGCAUCAUGGAACGGUGUCAUCUCGUGGUUGUGACGAAGGCGGACGGGGAUUUGCUUCCGGCUUCCAGGAGGAUGCAGUACGACAUUAUGUCUGCCCUGAAGUACAUGCGGCCUUUGUCGCCCAACUGGAGAACGAGGGUGUUGAGAAUAUCAGCUCACACCGGUGAAGGAUUGGACGAUCUGAAACUCGCUCUCGACGAGUAUCGGAAAAUAAUGAACGAGCACGGAGAAUUGGCGAGUGUUCGCGAAAGUCAGCACACCACGUGGAUGUGGAGCUACAUUGAAGACAACAUUCUUGAAAGAUUUCGGAGCCACGAAAAAGUCGGAUUGGCACUUCCUGAAAUCUCGAGACGAGUUCGGCAUGGGCUCAUCACCCCGGGUGCAGCCGCAGAAGUGCUCCUCGAGGAAUUCUCUGCGCAAUCCUGAUUUUCGUAUUUGUUUGGAAUCUUGCUUUUUUUGAUGCUGAAAUAAUUGGAUGGUGCCGUGGUUUUAAUGUCAUUUCUAAAGCCAGUGCUGAAGUGAUGGGCAGUGGAAUCAAAACGAGUGCAAUCCUGAUUUUUACGUUGAAGUUCCCGGUCGGUUUGAUACCUUUGCCGAAUGGCGACAAUGAAUCGUGAUCCGAUGUAACUAACCUCGUGUCUCUAAUUGUUUUCAUUCAAAUAUUUAGUCUAUUUCCGCGUUUUGACGUUUUGGGAAAGUCGAUUGAUGAAUUGGAAUUUAAUCGUUGAAGAAUCUAUUUAAUUUCUUUGUUUUCGAGAGGAAUAACUGAGUAAAGACUGUUUUUGAAACCCACUCAAAACA